AGGUCAGGGGAAUCGUCAGCACACACGAGGACUCAUUCCGAGAGCUUAGUCAAACCUCCCUUUUUUUCUCUUCCCUCCGCUGCGAGACACCGGCUGUUUGAUUUCAACCAAACGGGGGGAAGGCCACAGUCCACUGACAGAAAGUUCAACGGCGCACGCGGUGAACUGACCAGCGGCUAAGGCCGGGCACGAAAGUGAUCAAGUCCGUGGCUUUAAAGCGUGCGUGUGUGGAACAGCUGUGUGGCGAUGGAGGCGAUAGACACUGCCCCUGAUUCCUGGGAUCAGGAGGACGAUGGCCAGGCCCAGGUCGACGAGCAACUUUCCAAUGCUUUUACUACCAGUCUAAACGUGGAGGCCAAGCCGUUUGUCCCCAACGUGCACGCCGCAGAAUUCGUCCCGACCUUCCGACAGAAGGACUCCGAUGAAACGGUGGAGUCAGCGGGUCCUGAUACAGAUGCCAAUGUGGAAGUAUCAGAGCCUGAGGCUCCGCCCAUGGAGAACGGUGAUGUGGAGAUGGGAGCAGAUGACACCUGGGAGCAGAAAGGGGGUGAGCCCAGCAAGGCUGAGGCAGAGCCAGGAGGCAGCCCUGGAGGAGACGGGGGUCAGGCGGAAGAAGACUCCCCUCAAGAGGAAGGAAUGGAGGAGGAGGAAGAAGUAGUGCCAACACCUAAAGUAAUCCCCACACAGCCAAAUGCCCCCAAGAAGGAACAUGUUAACGUGGUCUUCAUUGGCCAUGUCGAUGCUGGCAAGUCAACUAUUGGAGGACAAAUCAUGUAUUUAACAGGAAUGGUGGAUAAACGAACUCUGGAGAAGUAUGAGAAAGAAGCCAAGGAGAAGAACCGGGAAACUUGGUACCUUUCUUGGGCCCUUGACACAAACCAGGAGGAAAGAGACAAAGGAAAAACUGUGGAAGUCGGACGUGCGUACUUUGAGACCGAGAAAAAGCACUUUACCAUUCUGGAUGCACCAGGCCACAAAAGCUUUGUGCCCAACAUGAUUGGUGGAGCUUCACAAGCUGACUUGGCAGUGCUGGUAAUCUCUGCAAGGAAAGGAGAAUUUGAGACGGGCUUCGAGAAAGGAGGCCAGACACGGGAACAUGCCAUGUUGGCCAAAACUGCUGGAGUCAAGCAUUUGAUUGUACUUGUAAACAAAAUGGAUGAUCCAACAGUGAACUGGAGUUUGGAGAGGUACGAAGAAUGUAAGGAGAAACUUGUUCCAUUUUUGAAGAAAGUUGGGUUCAACCCCAGGAAAGAUGUUCAUUUCAUGCCGUGUUCGGGACUUACUGGGGCCAAUCUGAAGGAGCCAGCAGAGUACUGCCCUUGGUAUACAGGGUUACCAUUCAUUCCACAUCUGGAUAGUUUGCCAAAUUUCAACAGAUCAAAUGAUGGACCAGUCAGGUUACCCAUAGUAGACAAGUAUAAGGACAUGGGCACUGUGGUAUUGGGGAAAUUGGAGUCGGGAUCAAUCAGCAAAGCUCAGCAACUUGUGAUGAUGCCCAACAGGCACACUGUAGAGGUGCUGAGUUUGCUUUCUGACGAUGUUGAAACCGAUGAUGCCGCCCCGGGAGAGAACUUGAAGUUGCGACUCAAAGGCAUUGAAGAAGAGGAGAUCUUGCCAGGCUUCAUCCUCUGUAAUGCUGAGAACCUUUGCCACACUGGGCGCACCUUUGAUGCCCAGAUAGUCAUCAUUGAACACAAGUCAAUCAUCUGCCCAGGUUACAACGCAGUUCUUCAUAUCCACACCUGCAUUGAAGAAGUGCAAAUUACGGCCUUAAUCUGUCUGGUAGACAAAAAGACGGGGGACAAGAGCAAAACACGACCGCGCUUCGUCAAACAAGACCAGGUGUGCAUUGCUCGUCUGAGAACAGCUGGGACCAUCUGCCUUGAGACCUUCAAAGAUUUCCCUCAAAUGGGACGUUUCACCUUACGAGAUGAAGGGAAAACCAUUGCCAUUGGAAAAGUGUUGAAACUUGUUGCUGAGAAGGACUGAAAAGAAUGAUUGGUGGUUCUGAAACGACUGACCGAGGCGGAGGCAGAUGCUGCUUCAGCCGCAGCACACUUCAUAGCCCUCCUGUCCUUUCUCCUCUCCGCCUCCCGAAGACCAGCUUGAAAAACUUAUCUUAAAGAAAUCUGUUUUUAAGCAAAUGAAAUCAAGUCCACAUGUGUCAGCUUUCUCAUAUUGAGAGCUCAGCGAUGCCAUUGUUCUAGGUUCUCCCCCAUGACCUGUUCUUCAUCAGUCUCACACGUUGAACGGCAAGAGAUCUAGCUCUCUUCCAUACCUUUUAUUUUUAUAAUUUUUCUUUUUGCUUCCAUCAGAGAAAUAUAAUGGCAGCAGUUACAGUAAACGUAUGUGGACCAAGAUUUGUUUGUUAACAUAAAAUGAUUUAUGAGCAGAAAAGUUUGAAUGAAUAACCAAUUGAAACCAAAAUGUUAUAUAUCUUGGUUGUACAUGUCUCCCGUUGCUUAUUCCCAUUUUGGUUUCGGUUCACAUAACGUUCUUGCAAAGUGCAUGAGCGUGUUCACGUUAUUAAAGCAUCUUCUAUGACAAUAAAAUAUAAAAUUGGGAAAGAU